AUGGAUAUUAUAAUUACAAUUAUUUAUGCUAAGAAUCUUGCACAAAAUGUUUCAAAGAUAUUUGUAAAGAGUUUUAAGGUGAAUGGUAUUGAAAAAAUCAAAAAUAAAUUAGAAAAUGAAAUAAUUUAUGAAUACACAGAUUCUAUAAAUGUGAAGAUAUUUUGGUUGUAGGUUAAGAACAAUGUGAUGAUGGAAAUUAAUAAGAUUAUGAUGGCUGCAAGAAUUGUAGAUUUUUUAAGAAUUGGUUGUUUAUCAUGUGAUUGUAAAAAUAUUUGUUUAGCAGGAAUAUUUAUGGAGAUGUUCUAGUAGUAAUUGAUCUUUAUGGCUUUGCACAAGUGA